GCAGGUGCAAAUGCUGACCCAGUCUCAGCGCUAUCCUCCGCAACAGCAACAGCAACAGCAACAGCAACAGCAACAGCAACAUCAGCAGCAGCAGCAGCAGAAUCCAGGCAUGGUCCCAACUUUAUCGCCAAUGAUAAACAUGCCUCAGUCGGUGGGCUCUGUCAACCAUGCAUCUCCGGGGAUGGUCCCGCACAGCCCAGGAAUCAACCAGAUGAUGAUGUCGUCGCCCCUCGGGCGGCCAGUACAGGUGAUGAUGUCGACGCCAAUGUCUUCGAUGGGCUCGGUACCGCUGUCAGUGUCCCAGCCAAAUAUGCCUGUGGCGUCUGUAGGUAUGGUCAGACUGAGUGCUAUUUCUGGACUGUCGUUUGCCACUCAUUCACCCAGCUCUAAUGGACAACCGACAUUCGGCAUGGCACCCAACUUUAACCAUGAUCCACAGCACUUGGUCAAUGGCAGCCACCCCAACUUGGUCGACAGGGCCCAGACACCCAUGAGAGCCCCGAAUGGCACUGCUGGAGCUGGACCGAUGGGAAUGUCAUCGUCGACCCCUUCAGGCGCCAGUGCGCAAGCGAUGAUGUCUAUGUUUCUCCAGCAUAAGCAACAGCAGCAGCAACAGCAGCAGCAGCAACAGUUCCAGGAGCAGCUGCCCACCACGCCGAAGCCAACUUUUACGCCGCUGUCUCCGGAUUAUGGCAAUGCAGCCAACGGUCAUCAUGUCGUCAAUCAAAAUGGCAGCUCGCUGUCGACCCCCACGCACGGCCAGACCCCAGGCAUGCUUCCAGGAAUGAUUCCAGCCCCAAACCAGCAGCUGCUUGAGGCCUGGAAGAAGAGCACACGUGUGUUCCUGACCCACGGCAACGCCCGCAUCUCCAAGGAGCUGGGAAUUCAACUGGCAGCUCCGGACUCGAGCCUAUUCAUGCACAUCUCUCUCGGCGGCAUCGACACCAACCACGCGCUUUCAGUGCCGCGCUCUGCCAAUUCCAUUCUGCUGCGCCCAGUACCCGGCCCCUAUAGUGCCAACGGCAAAAUUAUUGUCAUGGUAUCGGCCAACGGCUCUCGCCAGCAGCCCCGCGAGAUUUCUGACAGCAACGCCCAGCCCAGCGACAACGGCUUGGCUGAGGACACGCCCUCCAUGGCUAGCGAGGAGGCCGACAAGGACGAUUCGCAGGCGGUUGGCGCGCUGAUCAAGAGCGCGAACUUUGCGUAUGAGGUGCCGCUACAGACCGGAAUGAACUUUAUUGAUAUUGAGGUUUUAACGAGCGAGUGGCGAACUGAGGCCUUUUCGGGCGAGGGCUCUGACCAGCAGGUGCCGCCGGCUCUGCUGCCAAACUCACCCAACCCAACACAGACGUCAAAGCACUACAUGUUUUUCUUGACGCGCAACUGAGUCGUGUUUUCUUUUACAUUUCUAUUUGAUUAUCAAUUUUAUCCAUCUUUAGUUUAAAAAAUGAAAUGAAUUAUAUAUUUUUUUGUAAA